CUUCUGGCUUAAUUGCACCUCAAAAUUAUAUACCCAAGCUAAGCUAUACUAUACCCAAAAAACAAAAACAAAAAUGUUUGAUAUGAGAAUUUUUGUGCUUGUUGGUAUUGUGCUAUGCUUAGCCUCGGCAGCACAAGCCGCUCAAGGAAAUGCUGUUUUCUAUAAACCCCCUUAUACUCCCUCCGCUUGCUACGGCAAUCGGAAUGACGGAACGAUGGUGACCGGAGUAAGUGAUGCUCUAUGGAACAAUGGGAGAGCUUGUGGAAGAAGGUAUAGAGUGCGUUGCAUCAGGGGCACCAAUGAGGCUCCACAUCCUUGCAGGUCCGGUAAUGUUGUAGUUAAAGUGGUUGAUCGUUGUAAAACAGGCUGCAACGGGGUUCUUAAUCUUUCCCAAGAUGCUUUUGCUAAGAUUGCUAAUCCUGAUGCUGGCAACGUUAUUGUUGACUACACCCCUGUUUGAGGCUUUUUACGCAGAGGAGAACGUUGUUGUUGUUCUAAGUGCAAAUUUGAAGGAUAUAUAUACUUUAAAUAAGAAUGCACACAUCAUGAAAAUUUGUAAUCUUUAAUUUUCUUAAUUAACUUUGUAAUGUGAAAGCCAUGUAAUUUGAUAGAAUGAAAAGGCCUAAAUAUAAUAUAAGUUUUGAUAAUUUUAUUUAA